AUAGUACGCAUCUACCCGGAUACCUCUCUGAAGUAGCUUCAUACUGUCUGCGACUUGUUUACAAUGGGAGGAAUCAUCCACGUUGUGCAGCUUCGAUUCAAGCAAGGCGUCGACAAGGACAAGAUCGACCAUGUGAUUGCUGGUCUGAAAUCGCUCAAGGAUAAGUGUGUUCUUCCCGACACCCCAGAGCCAUACAUCAAGUCCAUCACCGCCGGGGUGGACAAUUCCAUCGAGGGAUUGCAAAACGGCUUCACCCAUAUGAUUAUCACUGUGUUCGAAACCGCCGAGCAUCGCGACUACUAUGCCAAGUCGGAUCCUGCGCACCUGGCUUUGGGUGGGGGGCUGGGGCCUGUCUUGGAAGGGAUACAGGUGCUUGACAUUGACGCAUAAGCUGCAUUAGACGAAGAGGCCUUUUAGUAUGGUUUCCAGGAAUAUAUGUUGUAUCGUAUGGUUAAGUUAGGUGCA